GCUCGUCGCGGCGCCUCCGACCCGUGUAUACACACACGUAGGUCAAGUUACGAUACUGGCAGAGAGCCGCGUUUUCAGUUCGCGGGGAGCGCUCGUACGGUGCGCAUCGUCGUUCCGUUUCUAUUAAGUAAAUAAAAAUAAACCUCGUGUCGUAAUGGAUGUACGAUCACGUGGUGUAAAUACGUCGUCGAGUUAACGCGUUGGUUAAACGUGUGUGACACGAUCCUUCGAUUUCUCAUUUAAACAUUAUAUUUUAAUAGUAUAUGAAUAUAUAAAAGACACCCACGCUCUAAUAUAUACGUCGCUGUAUAUCGUAUCAGUGUAAACAAGGUUUAAUAGCUAGAGCUAAAAAAAGGGGAAUAAUAGAUGGUGCGCGCGACAAGUCCUCGGUGAUGGACAACCCUAGCGGCGGAAGGGACGCACGUUACGCGGCAUUAGGAUACAACAUGGGUAUGAUGGGUGGCGACGCGGGUGCUGAAAUGUACGGUAGACCAUCUACUUCACAGCUUUCGGGAGGUUCCCAAUUGAGCCGCGGCGGUGGCGCCACGAUGAUGUCUACCGGAGGUGCGACUCCCGGUGUCGGUUUACAGAGAGGAAUGAAACGUUCAGCAUCCGAUGUUGUUUGUUACGAGGAUGCUAACGUUAGGCAAACCAUGUCACAGGGACAACAGGGUAUGACUAUGACCGGUGAAUGCGUACAGGACAGUAUCGACGAGUCUUUCACUAAUCUCGGUGCACCCAAAAAAUCACCCCCCUCCAAUGGCAAAAAAACUAAAGGACGAGUCAAAAUCAAGAUGGAAUAUAUCGACAACAAAUUACGUAGAUACACAACGUUCUCCAAGAGGAAGACUGGAAUCAUGAAGAAGGCGUACGAAUUGUCGACGCUAACGGGCACGCAGGUAAUGCUGUUGGUGGCGAGCGAGACGGGCCACGUGUACACGUUCGCGACGCGUAAAUUGCAGCCGAUGAUAACGAGCGAGGCGGGAAAGGCGCUGAUCCAAACCUGCCUAAACAGUCCGGAUCCACCGCCCUCGGGUUCGUCCGGGGACCAGAGAAUGUCAGCGACCGGCUUCGAGGAAACGGAAUUGACGUACAACAUUGCGGACGAGGAGCAGAAAGUGUUGCAGGAAGAGGCUGCAUCUCCUAGAUCCGAUAUCUGCGGUAAUGAGAGCGACGGAGACUCGAGCGACGGUGAUACUCCGGUAUCGAAAGACACGUUGAAAAAUCACUCAGGAGGAAUGUCAGCAUUUUCGGCGGGAAUCAUGUACCAAAUGCCACAAAGCGUCAUGUAUUCGCCGAGUUCAGGGGUUCUACUCAGUAUCGGACAAAAUGGCCAGCCCGUUCAAAUAUCACAAGACGGAAGUGCAACCGCAGUGAAUUCAGGACAGUCGAAUCAGCCGUUCAUAACGAUACCGUUGAACGUGGCAAUGAGCGCUGCCGGUCUUUCAUUGCCCGUGACAUCGAAAGGACUGUCGCCACCGCCUCGGACGAUCACUUCCGCUUCCGACAACUCGGAGCUUCCAUCGGAUCUCAGCAAGGACCGGAAGUGAACGCACGAAAUACCGCGCUACACAGAAGAAACGAAGAAGAAGAAGAAAAAGUAUAAAGAACAGAGAAAGAUAGGGACACGUCAGUCGGUGGAAAUGAAUUCGGAUAGGCGUGACUUCCGGUUCCGUCAUCAGGAAACUUCGGCAAGUCGAUCGAAAGGGACAUUUGAAACUGUCGAGUGUUGAGGCUCGUGAAAGAAUUUUUUAAAAAAUAUAUUGAUGGACGAUUUUAUCGUUUAAAAUCGGGCCAUCGCGGCCUCUCGUCGACACGUCCGAAUAAUAUGUGCGAGGUGAAGAAUAAGUAAUGCGAAGGAGCAUUACGAAUGACGGGAAGAUGCACGAAAUCGUGUCUAGGCACCUUAAUUUACGUUGUCGAAGCGCUUAUUACUGUUAUUAUGAUUAUUAUUAUGUAUGCGUUGGUCAAUUUACGCGACAACGUGUUGGAGAGUUCCUCUUUUAUUUUUUCCACAAAGUCUGCUCCGGUGUAUUCGUCGCUUUGUGGAUUUUUUAUACUAAGAUGUUAUGUGGGAAGUUAGCGAAAAAAAUAUAUAGAUUACUCCGUUUCUUUCGAGCGAAAUUUUCUCCUCGGAAUCUCUCGAAACAAAGGAUUUUCAAUGAUCGCUGAAAUCAAAGAUUCGAACUAUUUUUUUGGUCUCUCUAUUGAGAUGUUAAUCGUCUUCGGAUAAUUCAUAUUAUCUUUAUCGUAAGUAGAUGAAAUGGUGGGUUUUGAAACUUCGCAAAAUACCAAAAGUGUCUGAAUUACGAUCGAAACGAUAAUUGUAGCGGAGGAAAAAGUCAAUGCACAGAAAAAUAGUAUCCGCUAUUGUGAUCGUGGCAUCGUGAAAAUCGAUUUGAAAUGUAAAAUAUUGUAUCUAAAAGGUAUUUUAUCUGUGUAAAAAAAAAUGCUACUCAUAUUUUCUCAACAGUUGCUUACUUUAAGAAAGAGAAAAGUAAAUAUGAUUGUUAUGUACAGAGCGUUCGUAAAUUACGUUUCUAGUCGCGCAUCGUCAACGUGCAAUAUUAAUUUACGAUGACAAUGAAAAGUUAAGCGUUUGUCGCAGAAAAAAAUAGUUGAUAAAAAUAUUGUUGACGAGAAAACAGAGGACCGUUUGUGGUUCCGAUGAACGAUCUCUUCGAGUCCCAGUGGGCUUUCAGUAACGGCCGAAUAUUUAAUCGUUUCGUAGAUUAUUCGAUUAGACGAUAUAAGUGCAAAAAUAUAUAAUUUUCAAUUAUUAAUUUAAUCAUGUUCGGGUAAAAAGCGAGUAGAGAAAUUGGAAAGAAUAAAGAACAACGUGAGAAACAGGUGAAUUUCAACUUACGAACAAUUAUCUACGUAAACAUCGAACUGUUUCCAAUUCCUAUACGUUUCAGAACAAAUUUACUUUAUAACGUGGAGUACAAUGUUGAAUUCUCGUAAAAGGCCUCAAUUGGAAAAUAAAGAGAAUCACAAAAAGUACUGAAAAAAAGCAAAUUUCGAAAGAAAAAUUCGAAGAUCGGUGACAUUUCGUAGACGCUAAAAAAAUAUUUGAAAAUAAGAUGAAUCUGCGUCUCAAAUCGAAAACAAGAGUAAACACGUCACCGGUAUAUAAAACUUAUUAUUUUGUAGAAAAAACUGUCGUACUUUAAAAAACAGUGUUUUCUUUGUUCAUUCAGUUGUUACAGGGGUCAGGAUGUGGAGGGGAGGGAACGAAGCCCCUCGAGGGGUUCUUGCCAUUUGUUAAAAGUGUUGACUCAUAAUUUCUUGGUAUAUCAUCUUGCUCUUCGCGAAACUUCAUAACUAUCGUUAGUAUAUAACAAGUCAUAUUUAAUCAUUAUUUUGAUUUUUAUUUAUCAUAUUAAAUCGAUACUACAUUUAAUGAAAUUACGAACAAACGUGUACAAUAUUUCAGCAGACACUAUAUAUUUUAUAUAUGUAUACAUAUAGCUUUUUUAUUAUUCAUAUCCUGAUGAAAUGCGUUGCAUCAAGAAUGUUUGUACAACAUGUUGUAAAUGAUCAAGAAAAAAAAACGAAAUAUAUGAUUAAGCUUGUA